AGUGAAAACUUGCAGAUAUUUCAACAGGUUCGUUAAAGUCACUGAUGUUUAGACUUAUAAUUAAAAGUUUGAGAGGAAUAUUUAAUUACGUCAACCUUAAUAGGGUUACUAUUUGUUCGCGGACUCGACUGUGGGCAUAAUUAGCCUUGCCUUUUUCUUAAGAGGAGACUACAUUUCCCAUCUGGCCUCGGAAACGUCAAUUUUCCUUUUCAAUGCCGUUUUCUUCUGUUGCAUCUGGAUCAUCUGUACAUAACGCGCGGCUGCGCAACAGCAGCCUGGCUGAUAGCGGGGAAAACCUGGCCAUUCUUUUUGCUGCGCAUUUUCUUUGUAAACACUGAUUAUAAAUUAGCAGCCGCGCCGGACUUUUCUCUGUUUCUACUGAAAGCACUGUGCGGCGUUUUUGCGAAGGUUUUUGAUGGCUGUCUGUGAGUCCUCAACUACGGAUAAGUUGGAUGCAACAAUUCAACAUUUACCAUAUUAGGGAAGGUUUUUUACGCCGCAAAGAAAUAUAAAUCAACAGUGCAGGCAGUGCUGUAACUAGUGAAGCUGCGUGAGAUCACCAUCAAGUCCCAUGUGGGUCUAGUUGGCGAGACGAGCGUCCAGUGCCAACGCCUUUUCCCUUCCCGGUGCCUGGCUGGCGAAGUUCACACACCGAGCAAAGCCGCUUAUUUCACCAACUUAAUGAGCAGUUCUGCUGAAACGACCAGCUGCGAGAAGAAGUUCAUCUGAAAGCAAACAUGGGCUGCACGAUCAGCGCCGAGGACAAAGCUGCCGUGGAGAGGAGUAAAAUGAUUGAUAAAAAUCUGCGGGAAGAUGGAGAAAAGGCAUCCAGAGAGGUGAAACUGCUUUUACUUGGUGCUGGGGAGUCUGGGAAAAGUACAAUAGUAAAGCAGAUGAAAAUCAUUCAUGAAGACGGCUACUCGGAAGAGGAAUGCAAGCAGUACAAAGUGGUGGUGUACAGCAACACCAUCCAGUCCAUCAUCGCCAUCAUCAGGGCAAUGGGCCGGUUAAAGAUAGAUUUCGGGGAUGCUGCCCGGGCGGACGAUGCCCGGCAGCUCUUCGCCCUGGCGAGCUCGACAGAGGAGGGGGUGAUGUCGGCAGAGCUGGCCGGAGUGAUAUGGAGGCUGUGGAUGGAUGAAGGAGUUCAGACCUGCUUCAUUCGAUCCCGAGAGUACCAGCUCAAUGACUCUGCCUCAUACUACCUGAACGACUUGGAGAGGAUCUCUCAGCAAAGCUACGUCCCCACUCAGCAGGAUGUGCUGCGCACUCGUGUCAAGACCACUGGCAUCGUAGAAACCCACUUCACCUUCAAAGAGCUCUACUUCAAGAUGUUUGACGUGGGGGGCCAGCGCUCAGAGAGGAAGAAGUGGAUUCACUGUUUCGAGGGCGUCACUGCUAUCAUUUUCUGCGUGGCACUCAGCGACUACGACCUCGUCCUGGCCGAGGAUGAGGAGAUGAACCGAAUGCAUGAGAGCAUGAAGCUGUUUGACUCCAUCUGCAACAACAAGUGGUUCACCGACACCUCCAUCAUCCUCUUCCUCAACAAGAAGGACCUGUUUGAGGAGAAGAUCAGCAGGAGUCCGCUCACCAUCUGCUACCCCGAGUAUUCAGGUGCCAGCACGUAUGAGGAGGCAGCGGCGUACAUCCAGUGUCAGUUUGAGGACUUAAACAGACGAAAGGACACCAAGGAGAUCUACACCCACUUCACCUGCGCCACAGACACCAAGAAUGUGCAGUUUGUCUUCGACGCUGUCACCGAUGUCAUCAUCAAGAUCAAUCUGAAGGAGUGUGGGCUGUACUGAAGCUCCAGGCCCUGCAGGUGUCAGGCGGAGACUCGGGACUCGGGGGCCGGUAUGUCUUCUCUGCAGUGGGUGAAUUGGAAAAGUAGGUGUUGCUAAGGACUGAGACGGUGGCCGUGCUGCAUGCAGGAGCUCAAUUCUACAGUUUGGGGACUUGUUACUAUGAUCACUCUCUUCUUAAUAGAUUUUACCGUAGUCAGAGCAGAGCGUACUGAGAGGAAGUGAAUAGCGGGGAAGGCUUGUGAAACAAUCACUGUGAGUUCAUCCGGAGUCCUGUCGUCUUUUAAAACCUUUGAGUCAAAGGGCCAGCAGGUAGAUUAUCCUCUCUGUCUUCUCUCAGAUCUAGCUGUCACAUCUUUAGAUCGUCACAGUGCUAUGCACAAGGACCAAAACAAACGGCCUGUAUGAAAUCCAAUUCUGCAUCUUGAAGUUUCACAGCUGACAUGUCGAUUUUAUUCACUUCUUUUUAUGCUUAUUAUCUUAGCUGUAAGUCUGUAUCACAUUCCUUUUACUGAGUAUUUUCUCCUUUGUUUUGCAUUUGUUAUAUUUUAUUUCAAUUUUGGGUUGCACUUACAUAGAAUUUCCAUCUAUUGAGAUGUGUGAAUGCCAUAACUUAAUGUAUGGGAAAGGAUUUUGAGUGAACUAUUUUGAUGUAUAUACUCUAACCAGUUGUGUCUGAGAUUAGUAAGUCUCAUAAAUUCAGUAGGUUUUCUUGUUUAAACAUAGGGGUGCAACAUAGCUGUGUACCUAGUUAUUUUUAUUUGAACUGGACCACUUUGUAUUGAACAAUAUUUUUAUACUUAAGACACAUCACUGCAGCAACAAUUUGCAUUGUGUUAAGGGAGAACCGUGAUUGUUCUGUGGUCGCUACAUGGGACUUUGAGAGUGACAGAUAAUAUUAACUGCAUGAAAAUCAACUUAGAGGCUAAUUUUUAUCCCAUGUCAUUUCUUAAUCCGCUGGAGAUGGAUGAAGAAAUAGAAAACACACCAAAACAUAACAUGUCAGAUAGUAGUUUGAUUUAAUCGGAUGCUGUAUUAUUGUUCUAUGGGUCCUAGCCAUGGCGUAAUACUGUCAUUUUGUAGCCUGUCGUCAGUAUAAUUAAGCACGGUUUGGAUUAGCUCAGUCUCUUCCUCCGCAGACAACUUAAGUAGUCACCGUUCCUAAAUUGUAGGCAGAAGUUACAUGUCUAGUUCACCUUGAAUUUCUGCAGUUGUAUUGUUCAUGUUAACACCAUUAAAUGAUGGCACAAAGCUG